GACGCUCAGGGGAGAGCGGUAGUUCUACGUCCAACGCCCCACUCAGCUCACGGGCACAAAUGAACGACACCGGGCAAGCCCGCCUCCCCCAUGGAUAAAGUGAGGGGCAGGAGUACUUACAGCGCGUCUGGGCUCACCCAAGCGACUUGUGACAAGUGCAAGUAAAAAGUACAAACAAGGGAAUUAAAAGCGAUGGAACGGUCGGUCAGCGCCAGCCCUAAUAGCAGCAGCAGCAGCCUCCUCUAUCAGCUGGUCACCACCGUGUCCAACAACAGCAGCAACACCACCGCCGCCGCCGCCGCCAAAGUGAAGCCCUCGGAUGCGUGGAUGGUGGUCAUGGGCAUCGUCAUGUCUUGUAUUGUGCUGGUGAUCGUGUUCGGCAACGUGUUGGUCAUCGUCGCCAUCGCCAAGUUCCAGCGGCUGCAGACGGUCACCAACUACUUCAUCACGUCUUUAGCCUGCGCCGACCUGCUCAUGGGGCUCAUGGUGGUGCCCUUCGGAGCCAGUUCCAUCAUCCUGGACACUUGGGUCUUCAACAACUUCUGGUGCGAGUUCUGGACCUCGGUGGACAUCCUUUGCGUCACUGCCAGCAUCGAGACCCUUUGCGUCAUUGCCGUGGACAGGUACUUUGCCAUCACCUCUCCAUUCCGCUAUCAGAGCCUGCUGACCAAGUGCAAAGCCAGGAUUGUCAUAUUACUGGUGUGGCUGGUGUCCACCCUUACCUCCUUUCUGCCCAUCUGCAUGCACUGGUACAGGAUAGACGAGAAGGUUGCCAUGGACUGCUACGCCGAGCCCACCUGCUGCUUCUUCCAUACCAACCGUGCUUAUGCCAUCUCCUCUUCCAUCAUCUCCUUCUACUUGCCUCUGGUGGUCAUGAUCUUCGUCUACUCCAGGGUCUUCCAAGAGGCCAAAAAACAGCUCAAGAAAAUAGACAAAAGCGAGGGCAGGUUCCACAACCAGAACAACCAACAGGAUGCCAAUGGGAAGCAAGGAAACAGGAGGAGCUCAAAGUUUUGGUUGAAGGAGCACAAGGCACUGAAGACUUUGGGGAUAAUAAUGGGCACUUUUACUUUGUGCUGGCUCCCAUUCUUUAUAGUCAACAUUGUCCAGGGGAUGCACAAAGACAUUAUCCCUGUCGACGUCUACACCUUCUUAAACUGGGUGGGCUACGUCAACUCUGCCUUCAACCCGCUCAUCUACUGCAGGAGCCCAGAUUUCAGGUUCACUUUUCAGGAGCUGCUGUGCUUACGCAAACCAGGUUCCAAAGCCUACACCAAUGGGUACCCCCAGAGCAAUGGGAACAGUGCAUACAACGAAGACACCGAAACUUGUCAGUAUUCUAAAGACAGGACAUGUGAAGUUUUAUUUAAAGAGGAGGAAACUCCCAACCCCUCCCUUUUGAACUGUGAAGGUACUCUGCUAGAUUUUAGCUUGGACCCACUGGGCAAAAAUCAUAACACGCAUGAUUGCUUAUUAUAGGAUUGUCUUCUUCUUCUUCUUUUUUUAAUCUGAACUAUUACGACAAACUGGAUUAUUGCAAUACAAGGGUCAAACCAGAUAUCUGAAUGUAUAAUACAAAGGAAAAAUGUUUUUAUAUAUAUAUAUAUAUGUAUAUUUUGCAGAAGGGCGGUGCCCGUGUCUUGCAGAAUGUAUAAAUUUAUUAUUAUGAGAAAAUGUACAUUUCUGUCUAUUUUCAGUUCCUCUUAAAUUAAGGUAAGAGAUCUUUUUGUUAUAAUGUAACGGCUUUUAUAUUUUUUUAUGUUGCUGCCCUGUGUACUUCACUGAAGAAAAAUCUACCUCAAACCUUUUAAAAAAGGAAUUCUUAGUUCAAGAAUUCUAGAAUUCUAACUUGUUCCCCCCCAGUUUUUCUACCCUUUAAUAAUACAAAAAACAGCUGCUGUUGGCAAAAUGGAAGGGGGGGGGGUUAAUUCUGCAGUCCUUGAGACUGAUCUCCUGGGUAGUGAUGGGGUUAAUGUGCUGAAUUUCAUUUCCAGAUGAACUUUUGAAAUGGCAAAAGUUGAGUUGUGAGAGACAGGGAAACUUGAUUGUUUUAUAAGACUGACAAAACUCGCAAGAGACCCUCGGGGCUCAUUAACUAUAGCCGCAUAAAAAAAGGAGAAAUUACAAUCACCUAUAGUAACCAGCCAACGAUAACUUUGAUUGGUCGUGAUUUGCACUGUGCUGUGAAGCCAUGUAAAAUAAUAUCUGAAUGGUUGCUAUAGUUAUCACCAUUUUGUACUUUUGCACCUGUAAAUAAGUUAAUUCGUUUCAUGGUUUCUCACGGAGGAAAUCACAGAACUAGUGCAAUACAUUAUCAUCCACCCUGGUUUGUGCCACUUUGCAUUUUCCCCAUUAACCCCUGAUAUAGGUUUGAACGUGGCACUUCCUAUAAGCGAUUAGACAUUUACAGUGACUCUCACAUAUGCCAGAGCCUUUAACCAGAAGUGUAUUUUAGGAGUGGAAGGGUUAAAGGUCUAACUCAGUUCAUUUAAUUAUAGCAGUGAAGUCCAAAGUUGAUUUGGAGGACCCUGUCCCCUUUCUUGAUGGCAAACAAAUCUGGUUUUUUGUUUGUGAACCCAGCCUGCUAAAUCCCCAUUUGCUAGAUAAAUGAGUCCUUGUCUCCUAGAUGGAGAAGAACAGAUGUUCCUACUGUUGUUCUGUAGUGUCUGAUCUGUGGCUGAAACCAAGUGCUGUCAGGGACGUUAAUCAAUUAUCUCUGGGAUAUGAGCAAAAUAGGGAGCUCUCCAGAUGUGACUGCGCUACAGCGCUCAGCGGUUGCCUACAACAGCAGUGGUGGGAUUCUGAGAGUUAUAGUUCAGCAGCACUUAAAGGAAGUUAUGGUUGCAGUUGAGAUGAGGUUACAGUUAAACUUUUUUUUUUCAAGUCAUCAGUAUAGAUAUAAUGGAGUAUGUUUACAUGUUAUCUUCUAGGAAACCACAGACAAAGGCACAAUAAAACAGCCAAUGAGCUACAGCCAUGGGAAAUUACAAAUAAAUGUGGUAUAUCACUUUAAUACGCCCUAUUGAAGGGACUAAAUUCUCCCUAUCACGCAAGGCAUGUCCGUACAUAUACCUUUCCCCUGCAGGGUCACUAGCAGAUCAGCUCUUUUGCACAUUUCCAAGCCUUACAGUAUUGUAUGUUGCUCUUAUUAAAAGUCAUUGUGCUAUUUA